UCGGGGCGGCCGGUGGCGAGGAUGGACGGUGUGGAUUACUUGCUGGCGCUGCAGCUACAGGAAGAGCUGCAGCGGGAGGAGGCGGCAGCAUCGGGGGCAAGUGCAAGUCCCGCGGCCGCAGGCUCGGCGGCCUUGUUCUGCAAUGGCCGGCAAGGCGGAGUGGAGGAGUGGGCGAGGCGCGCCCCUCAGAAGCCGCUGUCGGUGGUGGACGAGUCCUGGGAGCUGAUAGACCCGAGCCCCGACCUGCGAGCCCUGUUCCUGCAGUUCGACGACAUGUUCUUCUGGGGUAAACUGGCCGGGGUGGAGGUCAGGUGGAGCCCGCGGAUGACCCUAUGUGCAGGAGUAUGCUGCUAUGAAGGGAGAGGAGGCCUGUGCUCAAUCCGUAUCAGUGAACCUUUAUUGAAGCUGAGACCCCGACGAGACUUGGUUGAGACACUGUUGCAUGAAAUGAUCCAUGCGCUACUGUUUGUCACAAACAACAACAAAGACCAUGAUUCUCAUGGACCGGAAUUCUGCAAACACAUGAAAAGGAUCAACGGGAUGACUGGAGCCAAUGUUACUAUCUAUCACACAUUCCAUGAUGAAGUUGAUGAGUACCGUCGACACUGGUGGCGUUGUGAUGGGCCAUGUCAAAAAAGAGCACCUUAUUUUGGAUACGUUAAACGAGCAAUGAACAGAGCCCCUUCAGCUAAUGACCCAUGGUGGGCUGAUCAUCAGGAGACUUGUGGUGGCACAUAUAUCAAAAUCAAAGAGCCAGAAAAUUACAAGAAGCCAAAAAAAGGCAAAGCAGAACAAACUCCAAUAAAUCAACCGAAGCCAGUGAAGCAUAAAGAUCAAUCUCCAGGUGUGGAUAUCCGUUCUCUAUUUCCAUUCAAUGGAAAAGGUUAUGCUCUUGGAGGAAACCGUGAUGAUUUACUCUCAGGGAACACAACCAUAGGAAGGAUUCCACAGAACAGCAAAUUGCUUAGCCCAUUUUUCCAGAACGGUUAUCAGCAUCCAGAACAUAGUUCAAUGUCAGACAUUAAGUCUGAUCAGUGCAAUAUGCACAAACCAGUUUCUUUGCCACCUGUAAGACCAGUAAACUCUGCCACAUCAGGAGUUAGUCAUUCAGCCAAUGGAUUAUCCUCUUCACUUUCAGGUUGGCUGCUAAAACAUUCCAGUUCAAACUUAAAAAGUUCACCUAAAAAAUCUGUUUCUAAUAGAAACGCAUUUGUCAAUAUCAAUGGAUCCCCUGUUAAAAUCCCCAUAUCAACAAAAGCUGUAAAAGAAGACAUCUGUAAAAGUGGUCAGAAGAGAGUGCACUCUGAAAUGUUCAAUUCCUCUCAACAGUAUUCAAGCUCAUCGCGACAGUCUGACACCAACAGAGAUGACAUAAAAGCUAAAAAAAAGGUUCGGACUGCGACGGACCUUUCCAGAAGUUCAAUUUUACAUGCUUUUCCCAAAUUAUCAGAAUUUAAACAGGUGGAACAAAUGGACAAAAUAUCCUCUCCACAGUCUUCCAGCUUUUCGCAGCAAUCUCUCAGCAGCAGUGAUAACACAACCACUAAUGAAAAGCUUCGGACAGUGACAAAUGUUUCCAGAAAUUCUGUUUUACCUGUGUUUCCCAAAUCAUUAGAACCCAAACGAGUAGAUCAAUUAAUCAGAGCACAUGAGUUUAGUCAGAGUAAAUCACAGCACCGAGAUAUUGGAGAAAGUGCCAACCCAAGAACAUCGCAGGUGGAUACUAUGACUGAAACCCCAAACCCUGAUCAUGGCAGCAUAACUGUAAAUUGCCCUGUCUGUUGCACUGUAAUCUUAGAAUCCAAAAUUAAUGAACAUCUGGAUUCCUGUCUUAAGUGAAUAUACGUGAAGUGGUAGAUCGAGGAGUUGGAGUAAGUAGGAACCCGGUUGUUAGUUAAUUGGCAGAUUGCUUUUCCCGUGGUAAUAAUUCCUUCAAAAAAUAAUAAAUUGGUCACUCAAUCCACGACUGUUUGUGAGACACUGCUGUGUGCAAUUGGCUGCCAUGUUUUCGCCCACAAAAUAUAGUCCAUUCACUUUUCAGUAUAUUCUGUGAAGCACUUUGAGACGUCUCGGAAGACGUGAAAAGGGGCUGUAUCAAAUGCGAGUAUUAUAAUUUUAUACCUGUGCAAGCUGUAAAUGAGAAUGGUGCUGAAUGGUAGGUAUAUUUGUACUUUGCCCACCAGGAUUAGGCUGAAGCUAAUUUCAUGUAGAACUCUGGCACAGAAGAGGUUUCACCCUAUCAGCCUCGGCUUGAACCAUCUAUAAAGGCUUUUUUAAAAAAAAAACUUGCUCUCCUGCAAAUUUUUAAUCAUCUGUAUGUUGUUAAUAUUGUUAAUUAAUGGUGUCUAUAAAUGUAUACAUUUUGUAUUUAAACAUGAUUUGUUUCUUGUAUGGAGAUUGGCCAAAAAUGUUGCACUUUAUUAAUAAACUUAUUUCCAUUUCUUA